CCGGUGAUGGCAUUGUAUCCUUAACGAUACCUACAGGAGAUAAAGAAAGCGCUCCCGGAUUAAUAGCCCCUUCAUUUAUUUUCCUUCUAUCGCCGCUCCUUUCACAGUCCGUCGCACCCAUGGCACUGCGUGGCCGAUCCCUGCGCCUGGCAUUGGCGAUGCUGGGCAGCUUCUACUUUACACUCGCGCAUGCCGUUUCCAGCCAGGAGCCACUCAAAGCCGUUAAAGAGCCGGAAUAUAGCGUCGGACAGGCGAUACCGGUAACGUGCUUGAACAGAACCAUAGAUACCGGGGAACACAUUACGGACGAGUCGGGGCAGCUCCAGUACAUCCCCUUCCCGGUCUGCAAUGAGACCAAACGACCUCUGGAGCUCUACUUUGGCAUAGAGAAAGAGGUGAACUGCACGAUCGACUUUGUAUCCGACCCAUUCUUCCACCUCCUCGAGUUCUACGUCCACAACGACGCCCCCCUAACAUGCCGCAUCCCGACGCGACCACUAGCGGGCAGCACGGCCGACGCCCUCGGCGAUGAAUACAACGUGGACGCGGCGACGGAGAAGCAGGGCGCGCUGGGCGCGCAGAGCACGGCAUACACGCCCCUCGUCAUCGCCCUCACGGGCACGCUGCAGCGCUCCCACCUGCACAUCGCAAACCAGCUCAACGUGCUGCUGCACGCGGCGCCGCGCGCGCUCGCGCCCGGCACUAUCGACGCCGCCACCGCGUACAGCGUCAGCCCUGCGUCGCGCAAUACAAAGAUCGUCAUCGGCGAUAGCUUGCCCUUGAGCUUUUCGGUGCGCUGGUACCCUAGCCCCAAUCUGCCGAGUGGCUGGUCCGGCGUCGGUGGCCAUGUCUAUAUGAGUACCGUUGUGUACUGUAUGCUGUCUGCGGGCGCCGCGACGGCCGUCUGCUUUGCCUGGUUCCGUGGCGUCGAGCUGCCGAGACGCCUGAAACGGUAUGGUAAGGAUAGGGCGCUGGGGGUGGAGAGCGCGCGGUAUAACGGUUAUGGGUAUGGUGUGGGUGGAGGUUAUGGAUAUGGUGUUGGAAAGAAGGAUUGAAAAGUUGGUUGGUGUAAGAGAAUGUCCAUUGGAAUGAUUUUGGUGUCUCCCAGCUGUUGUAUAUAUGGGAUACGGCGUUCUCAUCUAUAUAUCUAGUUUGUCUGAUCGGCGAGAGACGUAAAGUUCAUGGGUAUGGCAAGUAUUGGUCUGUGGAAGUCUACUAAGUUACCAGUAAAAGUAAAAUUUUGAAUCAUUUUUGU